AUGUAUGCCAGAGACUAUAGGCCGCGCACACCGCGCACUCCGCGAACGCGCAAGACCACAGUUAGAAUGGACCCUGACUGCGCCAUAUGCCAUGCUCCUGCCUCUGUGGCAUGCGACUGCGAGGCCAAAGGGCUGGACGUCGCCAUUAAACAGGCUGAGCAGCGUAUGAUGCAGUCGAUAUACAACGAUAUUCGGAGCUGGGUCCGCGCUCACGCCCAAGACUACAUCUUGGAGUAUUUCCGCCUUCUCACAGAGCGCCGGAAGGUAGCCCACGCCGCCAAUAUCGAUCGUAUCAAUGCCACCGCGUACCACUACUACCAUGCUGCCCCCCACCCCAGCGAACUCGCCCAGGCACAAGCGGACCUAAAACGUGGCAUUGACGAGGACUGGCAAUCCAGCGUCCAACGAUACCCCGAGGUCUUGGAAUAUUUCUUCAGUCUAGUGGACCUUACGGUGCCUCCCGACGAAGACCCCAUUGUCAAGGACCCUCCCCUGAGCGCCCUUAGUGGCUCAAGAAAACAAACUGGAAGAAGGCUUGCAGGCGGCAUACCACAGCCACCGGCUAGACCACCGGCCAUUACUGCUGCUAUUGGACACGAAAGAGAUCCAUUUGCAAGGAGAACACCGCCUCCCAUGGAGCCGCCUGGCAGGUUGGACAGGAGAACUCCGGGCUUGGGAGGCAGAGACAGGAGAUCCAUGCCGCCCAUGGGACACCCAGGUCCACCCCCGGGUCCUUAUGGACGACCACCACCUCAGGCACCUCCAGGAUACUAUCCAUGGGGCGCUUGA